AUGCGUAUUCUUGCUUUGCUAUCCCUUUGCAUAGCGGCCGUUGCAGCGGUGCCCUCCGGUGGUCAACGGAUUGUGGGUGGUUCCGUCACCACAAUUGACCAGUACCCGACUAUCGCUGCAGUUUUGUAUGCCUAUAAUUGGGUUCAUUUUGGACAUUCUUGUGGCAGCACCAUCUUGAACAACCGAUCCCUUCUCACUGCUGCUCAUUGCCUCGACCGCACCGAACCAGGGCAGCUAAAAAUACGUGUAGGUUCAUCUUUUCGUAGCAGUGGCGGUGUUCUUCACAAUGUUAUUCAGUACAUUAUGCACCCUGGAUAUAACUUUAGAACUUUUGACAAUGACAUUGGUAUUAUCCGUUCCGCCACCGCUUUCACCUUCAAUAACAAUGUCCGCGCUGCUUCCAUCGCUGGUGCCAACUACUUCCCCGCUGACAACCAACCCGUAUGGGCUGCUGGAUGGGGAGACACUUACUCUGGAUCGACAGCUGGCUCCGAGCAACUCCGUCACGUCCAGGUUGUAGUCAUCAACCAGAACACUUGCAGAAACCAGUACGCCAACACUAUCUACUCAAUCAACGACAACAUGUUGUGCUCUGGCUGGCCCACCGGUGGUCGCGACCAGUGCCAGCGUGACUCUGGUGGCCCUCUCUACCAUAAUGGUGUGGUUGUUGGUGUCUGCUCUUUCGGUAUGGGCUGUGCUGACGCUAAAUAUGCCGGAGUAAACGCUCGUGUUUCAUGGUACACCUCUUGGAUCCAGGCUAAUGCAUAA